AUGAGUGAGAUCCUAGCACAAGUUGCCAAGAUAUGCUUUUUCGUCUCUGCAUCAAACUGGACAAUCGUCUUGGGUAAAAUUAAGAAUCGAAUAGCCUAUUGGUCAGGACCUGAAGAGUUUCCAGAUCGUUCGGAGACGCGUUUACUCGAAUUUUGUUCUCUAAAUCGAUUCAGACUCUCAUCGAUCAUACGAGAACUCUCUGCUCAAUUUGUUCAUCUCCAACGUCCUGCUCAAUCUGACAUUGCAUUAGCAUUAAGGCGUUCAAUAUGGAAUUGGAUUGAAACUUAUCCCCACGAAUAUGUCGCCCUCGUUCGCUCCAAUGGUCGAUUGGAAGGUGCUCCGGAUGUCCUUUUUGAUGUGGCUCAUAGUCUUUCUGAAAAUGGCAAGAAGAGGGCUUAUACGUGGCCCAUGAUGUCUAUGCUUCUGGCAGUCUGUCCCGAUAUCGUACUUAAGAUCGCUGCAGGAGACCGUAACCGAUCACAAGUGACUGCCAGGAAAGCAGCCUUUAUCGAAAGCUUGAGAAAGAAUCUCAAGGUUACCAAAUUAGCUGAUGUUGCAACUGCUUGCUGCGUUGAUCUUUGUAAAGCUGCGACAUUCUCUCCGAAGACAACGGCUGAAGGCCCUGGGCUUAGGUUACUUGCUCUAGAUUUAGUAUCAGAUUUAAAUUCAAGACUAUUAGAUCCCAGCAAACCGUUCACUAAUGCAGACGGAAUCGUCGAAGUAUCUCUGAUGUCAGAAGCCUUGGCAGCCCUGUUCAAGCUCGACCGACAUUACCAUGUCAAAAACUAG